CCACCGCCACCACCGCCGAGGCCGCAGCUCCGUCGGCCACCCGCCAGUCGCGUCCUACAGGUGCACGGAGAACAGACAUGCUGGUGAACAAGUGACGAACUCUCUCGUUUCCAUACCCGGCCAUCUUAGCUGCUUAGUGGAGGAGAGUGUGGCGGAGUGUGUGAACGGCCGGCGACCAGUGUUGUGUGCUCCGUCGAGGUAGUAGUACACUCUUUUUCGUUGUGCUUCAUCUGUCCGUGGGAUCCCGACAGCUUCAAGAUGCCCUGCUCAGCCGUCACUUUGUCUUUAGCGACGAUAACUGCCAUCGUAGCAGUGGCGUUGUUGGCGAUUGCCUUCUCCACGGACAACUGGUUGUACAUUGAAGUGAAGAGGGCGCAAAUACAUCAACAAGCAACGAAGAGAGGGGACCAAGAGAGCAUCGUGGAGAACAUGAACUCCAAAUACUACUACUACACGCGUACUAAGGGCUUGUUCCGCAUCUGCUACCCCAAGGAGCGUCCUCCCACAGGCCUGCUGAGUGCUGGUGGAAUGGGACUUUGGCAUGGUGUAGAGUAUUAUGAGAAAGAGAAAGUGGUUGUGUACCCUCAGAAGCAACAGUACGCCUAUGCUACUGGAUACCCAGCUCCUGGAGCAUAUCCUGGGCCUUAUUAUCAUGGUUCACAGUAUGGACCAUAUAAUUAUUAAGACUCUUAACAGAAUGAGAAAAAGAUCAUUGCUCAGUUGUCAUGCCAUCCCAAGGCAUUUUUGUGUGUGUCAACAAAUAUAACAACAUUGGAAGUAAGAGUGUAUAUAAAUCUUCUCCUUAAAAAAAGUGCAACAAAAAUAUGUGGAGGAGAAUUUAUAAAGACGAAUGUGUAAAUAUGUCUGAAAAUGUUAUUCUCUGAACACUUCAAUUACAUUUCAGCCCAGAAAGAUAAUGUUGACAUUAUAUUCACUUCAUAAUACAAAUAGUGUUAUGGAUUGUCGAGUGUGGUGAACUAUACUUGCAACUCAACGUUAUCGGAGUUGGAUAUAAUUUUUUCCCUGAUCUUUGUCUUGUACAACAUUCUUUUCAUAUCAGGUCACUGAUGCAAUCAAAUUUUGGUGCUGAGAAAAGCAAAAACAUAAAAAUCUGGAAACUGAUCUUCAAACGUAACAUUGUAUCAUUGGAGACUGUUGCAUAGUUUUCUAUACAGUAGAUAUAUUUUUACUUGUACAUACAAAUUAUAGAAUGUAGAACCCUGAAAUAUGAAUGAGUGAUUCUUGAAUUGAAUUGAAUGCUACAGUUCUUUUUGUAUAGUAUGAGUAAUAAUUAUAUACUGUAAGUUUCUAAAGUUUGUGUCAUUGUGUUCAUUUUAAAUUUUUUGUUUUUUUUUAAUCUCAAAACUGCAUUUUCUUUAGUGUGUCCAUGAAAUAGUUUUAUAAAUAAAAAUAAUUUUUUUAAAUAAAUUGUAUAACUUGAAAGUAAAUUUUGAAUAAAAAUUGUUUCAAGGUGCUUUACAAGACUUGAAAAAAAUCAUGAAUGAAUAAAAUUACACUAUGCUAGUAAAGUAAUUUUUUCUUUGAAUUUUGUUUGUCAAAACACAUAUACAACCUAUGAAAAUUCAAUCUCAGUUUUAGUAGUCUAGGAAUGAUAAUAAUAAUUUAUUACUUUUCUCUUCAGGUUAUUAUUACAUUGUUCAAUACAAAUUGCCAUUUGCCAUAAGCCAGAAAAAAGCAUUGAUUCAAAGUUUCUUGGAAAAUUAAGUAAUAAUGUGACAUGACCUCAUUUUGAUAUUAGCAAUUGUUGUAGGAAAAUAUUUUCCUUUUAUACCAUAGACAUAUUCAUAUAGAUAUAGAAUAUUUUAUUAAGGAAUAAUAAUGUUAUUGUAUUGUUCUUCUGUAAGCAAUAAAUUUUUUUAUACAUAGACACUGCAUUGAAAUUUCUUGAUUAAUCUUCCAUAGGAUUCUUGAACCACGGAUUAAACCACAGACAAUUUUGCCAUUAUUGGUUUCUUAUGAGAAAAUUUUAUUUCUUAAAGCUCUAUUUUUCCAAAUGCCAGCCUUUAUCAAAUAAUAACGGUCUUUUCUACAAAAGACCCUCUGGUAUGCAUCAUGAAGUAAAAUGUGUAACACUGCUAGUUCAUUUUAUUUAUCUUGUUCUGGAAUAAUUAUUUCCAGAACAGCAACUCUUAAUAUUACAUUGUACAUUAUUUUGUUAUUAUGCAUUUUCUAGACUUUCAUUAGUUGUGUAAAUUGGAAGAUAUUACAUAUGGAUAAUAAAGGGUAUAAAAUGUUUCACAACCUAAGCUAAGAAUUUGUCUCAAGUAAAAAUAUAAUAGUGUGCUUGAAAAUGAUGGUUAAUUUAAAACUUCUUGCAUUAUUGUCCACAAAUGUUAAUGGCUGGUGAACAGAGGUUCAGUUGCUUGUAUUAGUCUGUCUGUCUGGCCAUCAUCAAUUUCAAGGUAAAUCAGCCAAUGUGGGGGCUACUAGUUUUUAAUUUUUUUUUAACCUAAUAUGAAAAUAAUAUCCAAGAUUGCAAACCAUUUGAUAUUGCAUAUCAUUUAAUCACAAGGGUCUUAAUCUGCUUAUUCAUUAGCAACACGUAACACAUAGC